GCCGCGGCGUCGAAGGCGACGCGCUGCCCGCGCAUGCUGCGCGCGCGCGCGCCUGGAUCUCCAGGAGGCUCAGGACCGGGCCCAGGGGAGGGGGCUGCCCUUGACCAAGAGAGGCUCGCCGCGGGACGCGCGACGCGACGCGACAGCGCCCGCGAUGCCCGGAGUCGUCUCGCCCGUCAAGUUUCCCUGCACGCCGGGCUUCGUGCUCAACGCGCAGGAGGUCACGCCGAGGUCCAAGAAGCAGACCCUGCUCGUGACGCCCAGCGGGCCGAUGGUGACCGGGAGGACGAACUCGAGCAGGUCGUCCCCCCUGUCGCAGCUCGACCUCGAAGAGCUCCAGCGCCAGAUGGCUGACCCGAGGCACCGCUACGACACCGCCAGCAGGCC